CUCAACCAGUUCACAGCCUCAUUAUCUCCUCCCUGUUGUCCCCACUGUUGCUUCACAGGGACAGAUUAGCAACAAGCUUCUUUUUUGAUGGAUUAACCGAAUCAUUCUCAUUUACUUUUUACCAGGAUCGUGUUCCAAUCAUGUUGUGUUGCCUAUAUAAGUGUGGCUAUUUCACACCGUUUCUGUGUGUUUGAGAUACAUGAAAACUUGAUAAUACUAGCAGCAGUAGCAGCACCAGUUGUCUAGUUGUGCAUUUGAUUGCACCAUGGAGCACACAAGAAAUGGUGAUUUGAAGGUCAGUUAUGAGCAGGAGCUGUUCGGGCGGCGCCGGAACAGCACCUUACCGGCCUACCCGGAUCUCAUCAGGGAGGGCAUGGCCACCGGCCCGGCAAGGGCGCCAGUGCCGCCGAAGAGCACGCCGAGCCGGCGGCGCACUUACGCUGACGGCGAGCUCGACGUGUUCUCGGCUGAGCGUUACUUCAAGGGUGCAAUGGACGGCGACAGCAAGGAGGGCUCCGCCACGCCUGUGGAGACUGUGGCCACGGUGUCGAGGCCAGCUGUGCCGGCGAGCAAGCCGACGUCGACGUGCGCGUCGGCGGCGAGCGCUGGCUCGGCGGCCACUGCCAACAGCCAGACCGUGCUCCUCCGGGACGCGCGCAGCCACCCGGGAUACAGCAGCAAGAAGUGCUGCCUGCAGGUCGGGGCGCUCCUGCGUCCGUGCUCCGGGAAGCGGGCCGUGCGCGUUAACGGCGGCCCGGCGACGGAGACGACAGAAUCGAGCAAGCUGGCGGCGAGCGGGGUCGAGUGGUAUAGAGACCUGAGGAUGCAGAAGGCUGGCCUCGGGCUAGCCGGCGGCAGCCACCGUGGUGUGGUGGCUGGCCUCCCGCCAAAUUUGAAUCUCGGCGCUUCACAAGUGGCAACAGUAGGGAGGGAGGAGAAGGCGGUCGAGUACUCGAGCGCGAGCUUUAGGAAAGGAAGCUUCACUCUUCAGGCUCCGGUCAAAGUCAGCUGCGGCGGAGGCGACGACGACGACGACGAUGGCGGGAGCGAGUCGAGCUCGGACCUGUUCGAGAUCAAGAGCCUCAUGAUCGGCGACUGCCCGUACGAGCCAAGCGAGGCGAGCAUCCAGUGGAGCGUGGUGACCGCGAGCGCCGUGGACAUGUCCGCCGCGCCGGAGCGCAGUGGCGGCCGCGGGAGGCCCCCGGUGGCUGUGAGGCAGAACCGGGACCGGCCGGUUGGGCUACUAACGGGGUGCGUGAGCCGCAGGGCAGUGGAUGUGUCGCCUAUGGCCGCGGUGCGCAGGUUCCCCGACCCGCCGGGGCGCCGGCGCAUCGAUGGGUGACACAAGGCGCACAAUGCAAAUGUGCAAACCCGUAGCUUUCUGCUCGUGUGUCUAUGAAUUCCAUCUUUUUUU